AUGGAUUUAAGUGAAAUGGUCUCCACCCGUGUUUCCUUUAAUGAUGAUGAUUCUGGCCUCGGCAUGGACUUUGAAGAAUAUGACAGCGAUUCACAACAGAAUAAUGAGUUAUACCCUCUGACUUCACAAGCCCUGUUCGACUUUGAUGACAAUCCAAGCAUUUCUGAUGUUCGAAAUUUAUUCCACGAAAGUGAUACAUACUGUCAAUCUAAUACAUCAUCAAUAAAAAGACCAAGAGAAUACGAUGCUAAAGACAACACCUUUAAACGCCCAAAAGUAUUUGAUGGACGAAAAACAUUGACAAAGUCAUUGUCUUUUGGGGAUGAACCACAAUUUGUAUCAUCAGAAGAUGUAUACACCACAGUUAACAGAGCAUUAGACAGAGACGACUUAAUUGCCGAUGGUACAGGAUAUUACAGACUACCAACUGUUAAGGGAAAACAUUCUGAUCUCAAGAGCAUCUCCACAGAAACAAUGACAAAUAUAUUGAUAGGAAAAUAUGACGACAUAGUAAACAGUUAUUGCGUUAUUGAUUGUCGGUACCCCUUUGAAUAUGACGGGGGACACAUACAGGGAGCAAUUAAUUUGCCAACCAGAGAAAUGAUCUCAGAGUUUCUCAACACCCAGUUAUCAAACAGACCACAGAUUCUCAUCUUCCACUGUGAAUUUUCAUCAGAAAGAGGACCAAAGUUAUGUAGAUUCCUCAGAAAUACCGAUAGACACCUAAACGGAGAAAGAUAUCCACAUUUAUAUUACCCAGAAGUCUACAUUCUUGAUGGUGGCUAUAAAGAAUUUUACAACAACGGCAAGGAAUUAUGUCUUCCAAGGAAUUAUAUACCAAUGUUACACGAAGACUAUACUGUAGAGGUACGCCAUUUUAGAUCAAAGUCUAAAUCGUGGGCUUCCGGAGAACGAAGACGAUGCCCACAACGCCUUUUUUAGUCAAACAAGCUCAAUAGUUCUAGUCUUAUUGUUAUUGUAUAGUUGUUAUUAUUUAUUACUGUUAUAAAUUAUUGUUCCGGUUAAA